UAGGACGUGCUGGACUGUACCCAGUGCUGGGGCUGAGGGACUGGAGAGUCCUGUGUGCUGCUUAACAAGGUCGCGCAUGUGCGAGUGUAAGAGAGACAGUGAUGUCCAAAAACUUCCUGUUACUUUUCAUGGUGUUUGUUUUGACCUGCCACUUUAAAUUAAGUCAAAAUGCCAAUAAGACCAGAUCUCCAGCAGUUGGAAAAAUGCAUUGAUGAUGCUUUAAGAAAAAAUGAUUUCAGACCUUUGAAAACACUUUUACAAAUAGAUAUUUGUGAAGAUGUGAAGAUUAAAUGCAGCAAACAGUUUUUCCACAAGUUGGAUGACCUUAUAUGCAGGGAACUUAAUAGAAAGGAUAUCCAAACUGUUUCAAUCAUUUUCAUUUCUUUUGGAAGAUGUGGCAGAAAUAUCAGUAUAUUGGGGCAAGCUGGACUUCUAACUUUAAUAAAACAAGGACUAGUCCAAAAGAUGGUUUCCUGGUUUGAAAAAUCCAAGGAGAUACUUCUGAGUCGAGGAAAUUCAAAAGAUGAAGCUCUUACAAAUAUGAUAGAAGACUUACUUGAUCUUUUGAUGGUCAUAUAUGACGUCAAUGAUGAAGGUAAAAAGCAAGUAAUGGAAAGUUUCAUACCUCGAAUUUGUGCCCUGGUUAUAGACUCAAGAGUGAAUAUUUGUAUCCAGCAGGAGACUCUAAAAAAAAUGAAUGCUAUGCUUGACAAAAUGCCUCAAGAUGCCAGGAAAAUACUCUUGACCCAAGAAAUGUUAAUUCUCAUGAACAGUAUGGGAAAAAGGAUUUUAGAUGCUGGAGAUUAUGACUUACAAGUAGGUAUCGUAGAGGCUUUAUGUAGAAUAACAACAGAAAAACAAAGGCAAGAACUGGCAUGUCAGUGGUUUUCAAUGGAUUUUAUUGCAAAUGCAUUUAAAGGAAUUAAGGACUCUGAAUUUGAAACAGACUGCAGGAUUUUUCUCAACCUUGUAAAUGGCAUGCUUGGAGACAAAAGAAGGGUCUUUACAUUUCCUUGUUUAUCAGCAUUUCUUGAUAAAUAUGAGCUGCAAAUACCAUCAGAUGAAAAACUUGAGGAAUUCUGGAUAGAUUUUAAUCUUGGGAGCCAGUCUCUAUCAUUCUACAUUGCUGGAGAUGAUGAUGAUCAUCAGUGGGAAGCAGUCACUGUUCCUGAGGAUAAAGUACAAACAUACAGCAUUGAAGAGAGAAAAUCAAAGAAGCUGCUGACUGUAAUUCUGAAAAAUAUUUUGAAAAUUAGUACAAGAGAAGGGAAAAAAUUGCUCUUGUAUUUUGAUGCAUCAUUAGAAAUCACUAAUGUGACACAAAAAGUGUUUGGUGUGCACAAACAUAGGGAAUUUAUCAGAAAACGGGGUAUUUCAGUUGCCAAAACAUCUGUGCAUGUACUGUUCGAUGCAAGUGGAUCACAGAUUCUAGUACCAGAAAGUCAAGUCUCCCCAGUUGCAGAAGAACUCAUUAGUUCAAAAGAAAAACGUAACUCCCAAAAGGAAUUUGCCAAACCUCAAAAACACAUCCAAAACGGUUCUCAAGGGGACAGAAAAAACAGUCAGCCUAAGAUAACUACUCCUGGCAGGAGAAAAAUGUCUGAAGCCUCAAUGGUUGUUACUGGUGCAGAAAGGUACACCGUGAGAAGCCCGCUACUUUCAAUCAGCACACCAACGCCACGAAGAGGAAGAAUUAAACCACCACUGCAAAUGAUGAGUUCUGCAGAAAAACCUGGUGUUUCCAGAACGUUGGAACGCGAAGUGGACAAUGCUGUAUCGCAUCAGUCUGAGUCACUUGCCGGAAGAAGUAAAGGGGAUGAUACAGAGAAAAAGAUCAAAACUGCUGACGUCCUAGAAAAGACAGAAAAUAAGGACACUGAAUUCCUAAACCAAAAUUUUAAUGAACCCCAGUAUGUUGUUCCUGAUUCACAGGCAGUAGGAAAAAUAGAAAACUCUAUGUUUCCUGGUGUUUCCUACAACAGCCAUGGAAAUAAAACACCCUCUAAGUGGGCGUGUUGGACACCUGUAACCAAUAUUAAGUUAUGCAAUAAGCAAAGAGCAAGCCUUUCUUCACAAGGAGACGCAUUUACUCAAGAUGUUGCUAUCAACAAAAAAGUUACAAAACAAAAAUUAUCCUCUUCAUUAUCUGAUGAUAAUUCCGAAGAAACAGGAAAGGUGAAAUAUAAGAAAGAAAGAAUGCAGCAUAACAAAAUAGAUACAGCAGAAGAUAUUUGCAAAAGAAGCGAUCAACGACCCAGUCAACAUUCAGAGCAGAAAAAUAUUGAAAAUACUGAGCAGAGUGAUUGGCAUAUUGAAUCUGAAACUACUUUUAAGUCAGUUCUCCUAAAUAAGACAGUUGAAGAAUCUCUCAUCUAUAGGAAGAAAUACAUAUUGUCAGAAGAUGUGAAUACUGCUGUUUGUGAUAAAAGCCCUUCUCCUAGUAAUAAUGCAAAGAGUCACAGAAAAUCAAGGAAAAGAUUAAUGUCUGAACUUAAUGCCUGGGAUUUGAAACAAAAAAAAAUGAGAGAAAAGUCAAAAGGGAAAGGACUUACUGUUGCAGCAGUUUCCUUGACCAGCCAAACCAGUGAGCGAUGCAAACCGAAGGGUGGUGCACAGUCUGCAAGAAAAUCAAAGGGGUCUGUGAUUAACAGUGGUUUUUCAAACAAAUCUGAUCUACAGCUCAGUAAGGAAAAGGUUCAGAGAAAAAGUUAUAGACAACUGAAGACUACUUUUGUUAAUGUUACUUCUGAAUACCCAUUGAAUGAUGUUUACAAUUUUAAUUUGAGUGGAACUGAUGAGCCUAUUAUAAAACUUGGAAUCCAGGAAUUUCAAGCUACAACUAGAGAAGCCUGUGUGGAUAAUUCAAUAAAGUUGGUCGGUUUAAGGAAUCAUGAUGAACUUGAACCGUCUCUCAAAACAAAAGAUAAAAGAAUUAUAACGAGUCACAAAAAGAAAAGCCUCUUUAGUGACACUGACACCGAGUACAGAUGCGAUGACACCAAGACUGAUAUCAGCUGGCUGGCGGAGCCGCAGCCCAGACCGCAGCUGGCCGUGUACGGCAGAAGCAGAGGUGCGAAGAGGAGACGGAGCAGUGGGAAACCAAGACCAUUUUUGGAAAGAGACCAACCAAGAUCUAAAAUGACACCCAAGAAAAACAUCACCAAGAAGGCAGAUGAGAUCAUUCCAGACGGGAGAGCCCGACGCCCACGCAGAGCAGCGAACACCAAGAUCAAUUACAAAGACCUCUCCAACUCCGAGUCAGAGCGUGAACAAGAAGUCUCACGGUCCCCGAGGGACAACGUGCUAGUAAAGGAGGAGGACACCUGUUCCAGAGGUGACACCGUGAUGCUGCCAAAGAGCGAGCAGGACGCUUUCUCCGCCCAGACACAGAAGGGUGCGUCAAAGGCAAGGGCAGACGUGGCCCCGCCCGAGGACGCGGGCAGGGAUAACAGCCUUGACUCGUCUCCUGUGUCUUCCUCGUCCAGGAGCUCUCCAUCCAUCGAAGUAAUGAGAUGUGCAGAGGAAGGCACGGACCAGGACUCCACUCAGGAUCGCGGCUGCGUAACCCCAUCCCUAUCACCCAAGGCAAAAACCUCACCACCUGAGUCCUUGAACAGUAAAUAUGGCGUUGGAGAUCCAAUCAAGUUACCGAGAAACAGUGAAAAAAAUGUACUAUGUGCGAGAGAAAGUUGCUCACCCAUUCCACAAUCCCUUUCAUAUCCCAGGUUUACUCCUAUUAAGAAUAGUACUGUUGUAGAUGGAGAAAAUGUAAAUUCUAUGGUACAAAAAAACACAAAUUGCAUUAGCUAUUCAGCUAUAAGCAGUUAUAGUUCAGAAAAAACUUUCAUGGAAAUUAAACCUCCAAUUAUCAAUUAAAAUUAUAUACAAAGUAAAAGGAAAGAAGGAACGCGCUCAGCAUCUCCAGCAUCCACGUCCAGUGAAGGAGGAGACAAGCCAGGGAGCGGCCUGCCCGGCGGCUCUGCUCACGGAUCGGGCCCGACACAUCACCUCUGUCGCAAACGAAUGCACAUAGACGACAACCUCAGCAACCCCGGAGUAAGAUUUGAGGAGGACCAGGGAGGGGCAGCAGACUUGCUUCCCCCCAAACUGACUAAAACUGAAGAUUCAGACCACAAAGUGUCUAAAAGUGCAUCUUCAGUAUCAACAAACGACUCCUCCUUUUCUGGGAAAAACUGGGGAACGGAGACUUCGGCUGUCGGUGUGAUGUGUGAGCAGUUUAAUACCGAAUUCAAGAAGAAAUUCAAUAUCCACCAAAAACUGAUGGAUUAUUUCACCAAGCAGUCUUGGAAAACAGCUCAGCAGCAUCUGAAAACCAUGAACCACCACAUUCAGGAGUACAGGAUCCAAAAACUUGAUAAAUUCCAGCUCAACAUCAUAGAAGAGUUGAAGAACUUUGAAAAAGAUUCACAGACUUUAAAAGAUUUGGAGAAGGAAUUUGCGGACUUUUGGGAAAAGACGGUUCAGAAGCUCAUUGCCUAUCAACAGAAUGAACAGGAGAGGCUCCACCUUCUGAAGGCCUCCCUGGAUGCCAACGUCUUCUACAGCACCGACCGGGAGGAGGCCGUGCGCGCGUCCGAGAUGUGUUUCAUGAAAGAAAACAUGAAAAUUCUCCAAGACAGGCUUCUUAAGGAAAUGCAAGAAGAGGAGCUGCUCAACGUGCGCAGAGGCCUGCUGUCCCUGUUCAUGGCUCGUGAGGCGGACGCGGACGUGGACGUGGACAUCUAGCGGCCACCCGGUUCCUCCCGGUUCCUUUUCGUCCGAAGCUGGGGAACCACCAGGACAGCCCUGCAGAGAGAAAGUGCCUGUCACUCAGGCACGAGUGCCUUUGACCUCUGGGUUCAAGGACGUGUCUCAUGGGCGAGAAGAAGCAUUGGCUCCCAGCCCCCGAAACUCGCCCGUGCAAACCACAGAAAAGGAAUUGCCUUGUUUUUUGUAGUAGUGUU